UUAUUCUUCCUCGUUUCUGCUAUCUUGCUCCCUCUAAACAUCCCAUCUUCAGUUUCUCUCUCCAUAUAUCAUUCACCCUAAAUAUUUUGUUCACAGUCUUCUCAUUUCGUUCUCAGAAUUAAAAUCGAAAUUUUCCUUUUUUUUGCUUGAUCCCAAAUUUGCAUGCAUGCCUUUCAAGUCCGAACUAGGCCAUCCGUUUUGCUAACUUUUCUCCUCUUUGAUUUGUUUUUCCUCUUUCUUACCGAGAAAAUAAUGUCCCCUCAAUAGACAAGGUCAGGCAUUACCACUGAGAAUCAGAAGACAACUAUCAGAUAAAGAUAGAAAAUACAUAGUCCUAUAUAUAUAUAUAUACAUGAUGAUGUCGGCAGGAAAUGGGCAGCUUUCAGUUCCUCCGGGGUUUCGUUUCCAUCCCACGGAUGAGGAGCUUCUUUAUUAUUAUCUCAGGAAGAAAGUUUCUUACGAAGCAAUAGAUUUGGAUGUUAUUAGAGAAGUGGAUCUUAACAAACUUGAACCUUGGGACCUCAAAGAAAUAUGUAGAAUAGGAUCAUGUCCACAGAAUGAAUGGUACUUUUUCAGCCACAAGGACAAGAAGUACCCAACUGGGACUAGAACAAAUAGAGCAACGGCAGCUGGAUUUUGGAAGGCGACCGGGAGAGAUAAGGCAAUAUAUCUUAGCAAUUCCAAGAGGAUUGGAAUGAGGAAAACUCUUGUAUUUUACACAGGACGUGCCCCUCAUGGCCAAAAGACUGACUGGAUCAUGCAUGAGUAUCGCCUUGAUGACAACACUCCUGAAGUAGAGCCAUUGCAGGAAGACGGGUGGGUUGUUUGUAGGGUGUUCAAGAAAAAGAAUUAUACACGAGGUUUCCAACACGAGAUGGGAGAAGAUCAUGACGAACAUCAGUUACAUUUCACCGAUCAUAUGAAGGCAGCAGGAAGUUCUAGUGGCGGGAUGACGGAAUUAUCAAAACAGAAUAAUAUUCAACAACCUCAAGCACACUGCUACGACUAUGCAUCAUCCUUUGAUGGUUCAAUGCACCUUCCUCAACUGCUUAGUCCCGACUUAUCACUUCCUUGUCCACUCCCUCCUUUGAGUAACAUGAACCACCUUGAAUGUUCUCAUCAUAACUUAUUGAGGCUAACAUCAACACCAACUGCUGGUUGUAGUAGCACUUUUAAUAUUCCUCGACAACAUGAAAAAUUUAGUGGUGAUUGGUCUUUCUUGGAUAAGCUUCUUGCUUCAAACCAAGGUGCAUUGCAGUCUCAAGCAGCUACAGGAGAUUUGGUUAACCCAACAGGCGCACAAAAGUAUCCAAUAUUCCAUCAACAUGGCUUUGAUCCUGAUCUUUUAAAAUUCUCAAAGUAGAUAUACUCGCCAACGUUCUUUGGCUAUUCUGACUUAUAUAUUUUUUUUUUUCGUUUUUGGUUGAUUUCAGAGUUCUUUCAAUGUUAAUCAGAAAACUUAAUCUCCUGUACUGUGUUAAAAGUACUCUAGUUCAUUCAUCUUAUUUUAUAUAACGGUA